GAGAAACGUUGAAUCUUCAACGCGCAUGGCACGCCAUUUGGGCACAGCCGAGUCAAGCAAACCGGCGAAAUAGUCGGUCUGAGGCGGCCGGUCCCGCCGAUGGAAACAGGUGCGAGAAGCACCGACCAGUUUUCACGGUGGCUAUGAAAUAUGGCGGCGACUAGUGUAUCGUGUGGUGCAGUGAUGCUGUUUAGACUCGACAUUAAUCGUGUGUUGCGCUUAACAACUUUCGCUGCAACUCGCAAAUGUCAAAAUGAAACGUGGUGCAGAAGAUGGUGGAGCAUCUCAAGACGUGGACUGUCGACCACAACUCCGUCAUUUUCGUCGGCCAAUCUGCAGUUGGAACCCAACUUGAAAAAGGAACAAACUAAAGAAAAGAAAAGUUUCACGGAUCCCGCAGCGGAACUAACCGAAUGGAGCAAGUGGAUGAAGAAUCUGAAGGAUAUAAAAAAGAGCCCAAAACACUGUAAAAAGUAUGUUUCAGUCAUUUAUCACAGAGGAUUACCUCGAGUCACAGUUCCUCUACCUUCGAGACGUGAGAAAUGCAUGUUCACCCUGAAACCUGUAAGUCACACGGUGGGUGAUUUUUUGGAGAUGCUGAAACAGGAGGAUAAAGGCAUCGAUAGAGCGUCGAUUACCACUAUAGAUGGAAUUAGAAUAGCUUCGGGUAGUUCGAUAGAAUCAUUAAUGGAAGAGGAUUUCAAACUGAUCGUGAACGAUAAUAUUUACACGAUAACAGCUCCGGUACACGAAAGGAUAACUAGGGAAGAAGUACAGCAAUUGUCAGACGUUAGGCUCUUGGUGGGGCAACUUUACGAAGCCCUACAUGUUGACGAACAUCAUCUUCAACAAGAAAAACAAAUUCUUACGCAACUCGAAGACCUCAAGAUGCAACUGCAACCCCUUGAGGAGAAACGUAUGGAGUUGGAAGCCACAGCGUCCAGACGCACAAACAUCCUUACUUGGGCUGGUCUGGGUUUAAUGUCAGUUCAGUUUGGAAUCCUAGCAAGGUUAACGUGGUGGGAAUAUUCCUGGGAUAUUAUGGAACCUGUUACAUAUUUCGUUACUUACGGAACUGCGAUGGCUUGCUACGCUUACUAUGUACUUACUAAACAGGAGUACCUUUUACCUGACGUACGUGAUCGUCAACACCUGUUGAUAUUGCACAAAAAGGCACGUAAACUUGGCUUGGAUUUAGCCCAAUACAACCUAUUGAAGGAACAGUCGAGUGAACUUGAAACGAAAUUGCACCGUUUGCGAGAUCCUCUAAAGGUUCGAAAGACAUUUGUUGAUCUGAAACGCGAAGAGAGAGAAAAGUACUCCAGCAGCAGUUCCAGAUCGCCGAGUAGUUCUCCUAGUCCUAGUCCCGAACGAGAAACGGUGAAAAAAAAUUCACACGAAGCGUCUAAAGAAAAAAAUUACAAAAUGGAACGCGAACCGAACGCCAAAACUACGAGAUAAGUUUUCACCCUCGUUCUUAGAAUUUUCAUGAUUUCUCAAUGCGAUACCGUCAGGGGUACGCAACUAUACACGUAAUUGAAUGAUUAAUUUAUUUCUUGGGAACUGAUUUUCAUUUUAGUUUUGAAAUAAAUCGUUCCAGCAUUGGAAUUAUCUUACGGACUAAAGAAUAGGUAAACGAAUUAUUAUAAAUUAUAUAGAAUUUCUUGUAAUAGGUAAAAUAUGAAUUGAGUCAGUAAAAAAAGUAUAUAUACAUACGUGACAAAUUGAGAUAGCUUUACCGAUGAAUGAUUGAAGCUAUUACAUGUAGUACGCGAAAUGUCUCGAUUAUUAUUAUGAAUGUAAAUUACAUAAAGAAAACAGAAAAAAAAAUUGAUAAAACUUGUUGAAAGUAGAAAAUCCAAACCUUGCAAAAUCUGAACUAAUGAAUUUUUCCAGGAAAAGCCUUUUACCAUAUUUUAAAUAAAUAUAAUUAAUUUACGAAUGAACACAAACUAUAAUAUUAGUGUAUGUGAACGCUCAACUGUGUAAAACGCACACCUGCAGAAUAUUAUCGUAGUUAUUAUAAUAUUGAAGUUGAAUAACGUGUUUAAGUAACGAACUAUUAACUUAUGGGUAUGAUAACGUGACCAUUAAAUUGUUCGAUCAGUGUGAUUCUUUUUUACCAACUUCAAAAAUAAAUAAUAAUAAUUUUCCUAAUAAACUAACGCAUCGAGUCUCAUAUCUAGUUUAUUUUCACUAAUCGUAUUAAUCACGCGAUGGAUUUGAUCGUUUUGAAGAAUAAAAAUAUUUCUUCCUUUGCAGACAACUUAUUUUAAUGUCGCAGCAACAUAGAUUCAUAUAAAUGUCCAAAUCAUAUGUAUUUUCAUUCAAUUUGAUCCUCUCAUGACUCAUGUCGAUCGUAAUUUUACGUGACUUCUCGUUAUUCCGGGACUCUAUAGAAUUUAUUAAAACAAAAAUAAAAAUGCAACAAUUCUUGUACCUACGAUUAUUAUAUAAAAAAUAAUAUUAGAAAAAAAAAAUUCACUUGUGGCAUAAAUAUUUAUUACUAUAAGACAUAUAUUAGAAAAUUUUCAUUGUUCUGUACUGAAGAAAAAAAAAAAAAAAAAAAAAACAUGUACCUAGAUAUAACUACCAUUAAGGGCUCUAAACAUUGAAAGUAGUUUUCUAAAAAAAAAUUUCGCUUGAAAAGUGGAUUAUAUUUUAAAUCCGUCCACACUGUACUUCAAUUCGCGCGUGCACCUGUAUAUCUUUACUACUCCUGCACAAUUGUUAAUACAUUUUGCCAUACAACUAUCUACAUUUGAAUAUCAUAUACAUCACGAAUUCGAUGAAAAUAUUAUAGAAAAGCACAGCACGAGUAAAUAAUCUUUUCUGGUAAAUCAAUCGAUGAUAAUAAAAAGAAACGUAGUGAAAUUCUAUUAUCACCUCACUAUAGCUAUGAAAAAAAUAUGUAUCUGAUGAUAAUAAAUAGACGACUUUUGAUAGAACUUAAAUGCCAACGCCCUAGGAAUUCGUGCUUCGUUUGAAUUGUAUCACAUUACAGGCUCAACUGAUGACGUAUUUAUUUCAUGUAUAGUAAAGUAAUUCUAGUGCCAAUUUCAAUUCACGAUCACUUUUGGAUGAUGAAUACCGCAAUUUAUCGUUGAUUUUCUUAAACGUUACAACCUGAAGUGAAGAGAGGAAUUAUUUCUUGACGAAAAACCAGAUUAGCUUCCUACUUGGAAAUAUGAAUAUAUCUAAUAAUACGUAUUACUAUACUUAUACAAAUAUUGUCUCUCACCAAAUCUUCCCGAAAUAAAGAAGAAUAAAACAAAAAAUACAAUCAUAUUGAAACAAAUUAUAAAAAUAUAUAUAUUUAUUCCUAUGAUAUUUUGUACAUAUGAUUAUAUAAUAUCUAGCAAAAUUGCUUGCGCUUUUCAUCUUGAGCUUACUAACAAUUAAAAAAUGCCUAUCGAAUGAUGUACGAAAAUGAGUUUAUUAAUUACGAUAAUCAUUAUAUAUUAUAUGGAAAAAAUUAACGAAAAUCUCAUAUUGUUUGAAAAAUUGUAUAUAUAUACCCGUGAAACUUUCAAAAAUUUUUCUUAUUGGAUAACUUAAAAAUUUGCGUGUACCCAUCUUCAUACGCUGCUUGAUGCUUUUUAGCAUAUGAAAAAGUAC